AUGAGCGGCAUCACCGAUAACGAAAAACUUCAGUAUUUCUCUGUGUUCAACCAACUUGGUCCUGUAAAUGGAUUUAUUACAGGUUCUCAAGCACAUAAAUGGCUUGUAAAUUCAAACUUGCCAGUAAACAAGGAUCUUUGUGACAUAGAUAAAGACGGAAACCUUGAUUUUGACGAGUUUGCAGUCACUUUUAGAUUAGUCAAUGAUCUUUUGGCAGGAGUAUACCCUGACGUUCCACCAACGCUUCCGCAACACCUUAUUCCUCAGAGCAAGUUGCAUUUAUUAGCAACACACGGUGGUGGUGGUAGCAUCGGGAAUUUAGGCGGAGGUGGAACUUUUAUUGGAGCAGCAGGAGGAACAAGCGGACAAAUUACAGCUGGAUUUAAUACACCAGGGAUUGGACAGAUUAAUAUUGGUGUGAACGAUUUGUUAAGCGCUCAGGAACGAUUUCCUCCGAUACCUUCAACAUUACCUAAUCGGAAUCAAUUUUCGCAAGCUCCACCACCAGCUCCAUCUCCUACACUUCAUUCCAGUUACGGUAGUUUUCCAACCGCACCAUUGACAGACGAUUUUGAUUGGUAUAUGCCACCCGCUGAUAAAUUUAACUACGAGAAUCAGUACACCAGUCACGCUGGGGCACAUGGAUAUGUAAAAUUUGCAUAUUUCGAUGACCUAUAUUUACAGCUUGGAAUUCCCAGAGAAGAGUGUAUAGCCGCAUGGAACCUUGCAGAUGUCAAUUUCGAGCAACAACUCGGUAAAGAUGCGUGUUUAGUAUUUUUACACAUACUCAAUCAACGCAGUAAAGGAAAACGUAUUCCAAGUCAAUUGCCAAAUGCUCUAAAAACUUCAUUAAUACGCGGAAAACUUAAUUAUAACUAUAAUGAAACGUUGGAUCCUACGUCUACUACACGUCGAGCACGUUCUGAUACCAGCGAUUCGGGAUCAACGCGGUCCUAUGGAGGAACAAAACGAGAGGAAGAACAACUACUACAAAAACUCGCCGACUUGAACGAAAAAAUACAAAAAGCCGAAGAAAGAGCACUUUCAAGUUACACUAACGCACUAUCUUCCACGACAUCCUCGGAAACGAUAACAGAAUUUCAACAGCUGCUAGAAUACAAGCAGAAGCAAUUAUCCGCCCUUAAAGAUCUCGUUGGUGCCAAACAGAAAUCAUCAUCUGUGUUUCUUGAGAAUUAUAUUCGGCGCGAGAAGUCCGCGGUACGUGAAUUAGAGGAGAAUUUACAGUCGUUGAAAACUCAAUUCUCGAUAUUGGAAACACAUUACAAUAACAGUGAACGCGAGUUACGACAGUUGCAACAGGAUAUUGAGGUGGCUAAGAGUGGAAGAUAA